CAACGCAGACCAAAUUAGAAGAGAAAUAACUCACUUUCACCUCUGUCGUUUUGUGAACUGGACCAAUUUUACUUGCAGAAAUAAAACAAGGCGCAAUUGCAGACCAUGCGCCCUGUGUAAACAGUUGGGCAAAGACGGACAGUUCUAAAACGCAUUUGACAGCUCGCCAACGGGACAUUGGAGUGGAUAUGUGAAGAAAUGGAUAUGCAUCCUCUUCAGCUGAUCAAGAUGCGAUCUGACAUCGUCACCUUCCUCAUCCUCACUGCUGUGAUUGUUCCCCAGUGCGCCUCGCAGUCAGUUUGUCCUGGCACUGAUAAUAAGCUCAGUACACUGUCUGAUUUGGACCAGCAGUACAAAACUCUCCGUAAAUUCUACGAGAACUGUGAGGUGGUCAUGGGAAAUCUGGAGAUCACCAAUAUUGAACGGAACCGCAACCUGUCUUUCCUCAAGUCUAUCCGUGAGGUGACAGGUUACGUGUUGGUGGCUCUGAACCAGUUUGACUAUCUUCCACUGGAGAACCUGCGGAUCAUCCGUGGCACUAAUGUGUAUGAAGGACGCUAUGCGCUGGCCAUCUUUCUCAACUACAGACGAGAUGGCUACUUUGGUCUUAGACAACUCGGACUCAAGAACUUGACAGAAAUCCUGAAUGGAGGUGUAUAUGUGGAUCAGAAUAAAUUCUUGUGCCAUGCUGACACCAUUCACUGGCAUGACAUCAUCAAGAAAUCCCGUGCUGAACUUCUAGUGGUUCCUUCCAACAGCAGUGGCAACACAUGCAGACGGUGUCAUAAAUCUUGUAAUGGACGUUGCUGGGGUCACCAAGAAGACCAGUGCCAAAUCUUGACAAAGACGGUGUGUGCUGAGCAGUGUGAUGGUCGUUGUUUUGGUCCUUACGUCAGUAACUGCUGCCAUCAAGAAUGUGCUGGAGGGUGUUUUGGGCCCAAAGACAUGGACUGCUUCGCUUGUACAAACUUCAAUGACAGCGGUGCAUGUGUGAAACAGUGUCCUCAGCCAUUUGUCUACAGUCCGACAACCUUCCAGCUCGAGUACAAUCCCAAAACCAAAUACACCUAUGGAGCUUUUUGUGUCAAGAAAUGCCCACAUAACUUUGUGGUGGAUCACAGCUCUUGUGUAAGAGCCUGUCCGAGCAACAAGAUGGAGGUUGAGGAAAAUAACAUCAAGAUGUGCAUCCCGUGCACUGACAUCUGUCCGAAAGUGUGUGAUGGAAUAGGUACUGGAAGUCUUCAGACAGCUCAAACUGUAGAUUCCAGCAACAUUAAGAAGUUUGUCAAUUGCACCAAGAUCAACGGCAAUCUCAUCUUCCUCAUCACUGGCAUCAAAGGGGAUAUGUUUCAUGGUAUCAAAGCCCUGGACCCUGAUCAGCUAAAUAUAUUCCGCACUGUUAGAGAGAUUACAGGUUUCUUGAACAUCCAGUCUUGGCCAGAAAACAUGACGGAACUUGGUGUUUUCUCAAAUCUUUCCACCAUAGGAGGACGAACUCUUUAUAGUGGUAUUUCUCUGCUGAUCCUGAAACAGCACUGGAUCUCUUCACUGCAGUUCCAGUCUCUGAGAGAGAUCAGUGCUGGUAACGUCUACAUAACCAACAACAGUCAGCUCUGCUUCUACAAUACAGUGAACUGGACGGGCCUGUUCCGCACCAGCACCCAGAGAGCGCUCAUAAAAAACAACAGGGACCCCAGAGAGUGCACUAAACAGCAUAUGGUGUGCGAUCCACUGUGUUCAGAGGCAGGAUGCUGGGGUCCAGGUCCAGACCAAUGUCUCUCAUGUAAAUACUUCAGCCGGGGCAGAACAUGUGUUAAUUCUUGCAACUUAUAUUAUGGAGAUGUUCGAGAGUUUUCCAAUGGCUCUGCCUGUGUGGAGUGUGACAACCAGUGUGAAAAGGCCAGAGAAAAAAGUUUGACAUGUCAUGGCCCGGGUCCAGACCAAUGUACUAAGUGCCUGCAUCUUAAAGAUGGGCCCAACUGUGUGGAGAAAUGUCCUGAUGGCCUUCAGGGAGCAAACAGCUUCAUUUUCAAAUAUGCUGAGACCAACAAUGAGUGCCAUCCCUGCCACCCCAAUUGCACCCAGGGUUGCACUGGACCCAGAGUACAAGAUUGUGUUGGUGUGUUGGACAGGACCCCCCUGAUUGCAGCUGGUUUAAUCGGGGCUCUCUUUGUGAUGGUCAUCAUAUCUCUUGGUGUGGCUGUUUAUGUCCGCCGAAAGAGCAUCAAGAAAAAGAGAACUUUGCGCCGCUUCCUGGAGACAGAGUUGGUGGAGCCAUUGACACCUAGUGGUACCUCACCCAACCAGGCUCAACUACAUAUAUUAAAGGAGACUGAGCUCAAGAGGGUCAAGAUCCUGGGAACUGGAGCGUUUGGUACUGUUUACAAGGGAAUCUGGGCUCCAGAAGGUGAAACUGUGAAGAUUCCAGUGGCCAUAAAGAUACUCGAUCAAAUCACAGGACCAAAAGCCAAUGUGGAGUUUAUGGAUGAGGCAGUGAUCAUGGCCAGCGUGGAGCAUCCUCAUCUAGUGCGUCUUUUGGGGGUCUGUUUGAGUCCCACUAUCCAGCUUGUCACUCAGCUGAUGCCCCACGGCUGUCUGCUAGACUAUGUACAUGAGCACCAGGAGAACAUUGGCUCCCAGUUGCUGCUCAACUGGUGUGUGCAGAUCACAAAGGGUAUGAUGUAUCUGGAAGAAAGGCGACUGGUGCACAGAGACCUUGCUGCCCGUAACGUCUUGGUGAAAUCUCCAAACCACAUAAAAAUUAUUGACUUUGGUCUUGCUCGAUUCCUGGAUGCUGAUGAAAAGGAAUACAAUUUAGAUGGAGGCAAGAUGCCUAUCAAGUGGAUGGCAUUGGAAUGCAUUCACAACAGGAAGUUCACACACCAGAGUGAUGUUUGGAGCUAUGGGGUGACUAUUUGGGAGCUGAUGACAUUUGGAGGAAAGCCCUAUGAUGGCAUUCCUACGCGAGACAUUCCAGACAUCUUAGAGAAGGGUGAACGUUUGCCCCAGCCGCCCAUCUGCACUAUAGACAUCUACAUGGUGAUGGUGAAAUGCUGGAUGAUUGAUGCUGAUAGUCGGCCUAGAUUUAAAGAACUCGCUGCAGAGUUCAGCCGAAUGGCGAGAGACCCUCAGAGAUACCUCGUCAUACAGGGGGACGAUCACAUGAAGCUGCCCAGUCUCAACCACAGCAAGUUCUUCCAGAAUCUUCUAGACGAGGAGGAGCUGGAAGAUCUGAUGGAUGCUGAUGAGUAUUUGGUUCCUCAGACCUUCAGUAUCGCUACCUCCUCUUACAUGUCAAGGCCACACAUAGAUACUAGUAGAACUCAACUGCGGUGUCAUGAUACAGCUUUUUGCCCAGAAGAUGGGAUGGGAGCCUGUUCCCGCAUCACUGCUGCUUCAGCCAGUGAUUUCUUUGUUCCACUAAGCACACAAGGGGUAGAUCUGGACUCUCUGGAAGAGCAACACUGUAAUGGAAGCUUGAAACAACAGUCUGUGUCUGGCCCAGGGGAGGAUUCCAGUGGCCAGCGCAACAGUGCCGAUCCCACUGUCUUUCUAGGAGAGUGGGGACCCAAAACCAUUAUUGAUGAAGAUGGUUACAUGAAAAAAUCAUCCUCAGAUCAUCUUAGUCCUAUUGAGGAGAAUCCUUUCGUAACUCUACAGAAAAAAGGAAAUAUUAAUGCACUGGACAACCCGGGUUACCACAGCACUCCUGAAAGGAAACCCCAAGGCGAGGAUGAGUACAUCAAUAAACCCCUUUACCUCAAUUCAUACAACAAAAACAGUGGGAUGAACCAAGAGAUUCUGAGGAAAAAUGGAGCUUCCAUCCCACGGCAGAUGACAACAGCGGCCAACACUACAAACAGCCACGUUAUCCUCACCACACAAACCGGGAAAGCCCAUCACCAUGGCCAGGGAACACAUGUCCAUUUUGCUGUUCCACCUGUUCAGCCUCCUCCAAGAUCAUUGUGCCAAAAUGAUCAGCAUUCCCAGUCGCCACUUGGUGUUGAAGCCAAUUCUUCGAGCAAGUCUGACAAUCCUUCCCUGUUAACACAAAUCUCCCUUGUCAGCCAACAGAUCCAACCUUGUCUGGCAAGUCAGCCUGGUUGUGCAACCCAUCCCAACUCAACCCAAGUGGCAAAGUCUUCAGUCACAAUUAAGAGUAUCUCUGGCCAUCCGGGCCACCUUGUCUAUUCAGGUAACAUGUUUCAAACAGGUCUUACUGGGACUGUAAUGGUUGACAGGAAAUUGAAAAAGAAUUUUGAUAAUCCAGACUACUGGCAGCACAGUCUACCCCACAAAUUGACCCAGCCAAUCCCUCAAGAUCCUCCAAAAGACUCAAAAAGUAAACAUCUCUACAGGCACAGUAUCCAAAGUCGAAUUGCUAUAGCUGAAUACCCAGAGAAUAUUUCAGAGUUUAACAAGAGACCAAGAACGGUCCUACCACCCCCACCAUAUCGGCAUAGGAAUACAGUAGUGUAAAACCGCAUUCUCCACUUUCUGGAGCCAGAUUCCUCAACCAGCACCUAUACUAACGUAUUCUUAAAGGUGUAUUUCAACCAAAAAUGAAAAUGUUGCUUCAAACCCAUAUUACUUCCUUUCUUCCUUGGAACACAAAAUGUGGAUUUUGACAGGGAUUAUUCGCUAUUUAAUAAAAAUGAAUAGUGAAUACGGUCUGUCAAGCUCGGAAAAGGACAAAGACAACACCAGAAAACCACACUAAUAAAAUAAUCAAUACGUCUCAUGUACUAUAUUCCAAGUCUUCUUAAGCAAUACAAUUACUUUGUGUGAUUAAUACAACUAAAUUUAUGAGGUUAUUCACUCUCAAAUCAACUAAUUAAUAAAAAAGUGCUGAAAUCAGAUAUGGUGAAUACAUUGAAAACAUCAAAACAUCAUUGGUUCUCAUUGCAUCUGCAACCAAACAUGUGAAGAUAAAAUGAUUAUAUGAUUUGGGAAGACUUGAAAUAAAGUGUAUCGAAAUUAGUUAUAUCAAUUACUUUUAUUGUGGUUUUAUGCUGUUUUUUUUUUUUCUUGACCUACUGGAAUUGGUUUUUGCUUUCAAUAUAUGUCAAAUAAACCCUGUAUCUUUUGUGUUCCACAGAAGAAAGUCAUACAGUUUUGGAGCAACAUUAGGUUGAGUACAUAAUGGCAGAAUUUUCAGUUUUGGGUGAACUAAUCCUUUAAUCCUCUUUAAAGAACAGGACAAAUCUCAACUUCAAACAUUUUUGCCAGAGGAAUUUGAGACAGAGAUAAAUGUGAGGAUAUUGGACUUUAAAGGGAAUACUUAUCAACCAAAGUGCCUCUAAACUAUUUCAAAAUCUAUUCAACCUUUUUUAUUCUAAUCAUCAGAAUGUAACAGAAAGUGAAAUGGGACACUGUCUAAACUUCCUCUUGAGGUUCAAAUGCAGGAAAUUGUAUUUCUGGUGUCAUACAUUUAUACUCAGAUACAAAUGCUAACAUACUGUAUGUUGACAGAGCGACUUCUUGCUAGUAAAUUGUCUUUUUGCCUAAUUUAAUCUUGAAGCAAAUGGUGGAAACUGUUACAUUAUAGAUCAAGUAGCCUACAGAGCCUACAGGAACAUUAGAAUUACUCUUGGAUGGGAAUCAGACAAUGCCAUGGAUUGACUUGUAAAAUGGUGCACUCAUCCCAUUCCCAUAAAUAUAUUAAUGGACUAACAAUGUUUGGAUACAAUUUUUUUUCUUUCCUGUUGUUCUACGUCAUGUUUUUAAAAGAUCUUACCUGUGUUCCCCAGUUUUGCAAUCUGAAAUAUAGGAAUUAUUAACAAAUCUGAUACAGAUGGAGCACAUGGUCAUAUCACAGUGCUUCAAGUGCAGACAGAAAAUAAGUGCCUUCCUCAGUGGCACAAAAGGUUGGUGGAAGUGCCAGAAGAGAGAUAUGAACUGGAAUUUGAACUUCUGUAUAUAUGUGCAACAAAUUUGAAUAUUUACUACUGAGCCACCUAAUGUAUGUGCAAAUAAACUCGGCCAGUACUGGGGACUAUGUAUUGAAAAAAUGCUGUAUUUAAAAGUGAUGAAUUUGAUAAAAAAAAACAAUUUAAUGAUAAAACUUAUAUACUAUUUGAAGGCAAUAUUACAGAUAACUUAAACUCAAGGAGGGCACAAAACAAACUAAAAUAAACUACUGAUCUCCAGUGGAGAAAUUUUCAUUGUACUGUGACAGAAAAUACUUUUGUCUGAAAUAUAUACCAGCUCUCAAUGAGAGUGUGACCGUAUUGUGGCCAGGGAGACAUUGUUCAUAUGUUUUGCAGACUGUAAUAGACUUCCAUCACUUCUUAUCACUACUAUGUCAAAGUGUCAUAGCAUAUAAGAGGUUGUGACAAAUGUGUGCAAAUUAUGUCCUAAAUGUAUCAUGCUAAUAUUAUGAGCAUUUGAUUUGCUUUCGACUGAACAGCCAUGGGAGAUGUAGCUAGAUUUUGGGGGGCUUUUCUUAUUGUUUGCCUUGUACUUUGGUUGGUUUUGGGAAUAUUUAUCGUCUAUGAGGGCCUUUUUAUUUUGCAUGUUACA